UCCCCUCCCCUCCUCUCCACCACCACUCCUCCCCCUCCUCCUCCCCGGCGCGCGCCGCGACGCCCUCCCCAAGGCAGGCAGCCUGCCUUCGCCCAUCCAUGCGGCCCGACCGCUAGCACGCGCGGCACCAGCAGUAGACUCCCGCGCGCGAGCUGGCGGCAUGGCCAACUCGGCCCCGGCGGAGGAGGCGGCGGCGCUGCGGCGCCGCCUUCGACGCCUCGUGGCCGCCGUGACGGCCGGGGGUGGGACCGGGCCGGAGGCGUUCGGCGAGGCGGCGUCGGCGCUCGCGGCGCUGCGGGACGCGGAGCUGGGCCCGCGGAAGGCCGGGGGCGGGGCCGGGGCGGAGGCGGCCGUGCCGGAGCACUUCCUCUGCCCUAUCUCGUCGGAGAUCAUGAGGGACCCCGUCGUCCUCGCGUCCGGUCAGACAUACGAUCGUCGCUUCAUUCAAGAAUGGUUAAGUGCUGGAAACAGGACGUGCCCACAGACUCAGCAAGUCCUCUCAAAUACAGUUCUCAUCCCAAAUCACCUUGUUAGAAGCAUGAUCGCACAGUGGUGUACAGAGAAUGGAAUUGCUCUUUCACCACUUGAGAACCAAGAGGAAGAUUUAGUUACCAACAAUGAGCGAAAGGCAUUCAGUGAAUUAUUUGACAGGAUCUCAUCCUCGUCAGACAUAUCUGAGAAGAAGCAAGCUAUUAAAGAUCUUCGACUGCUAACUAAGCGCAAUAGCUCAUUCCGAGCAGUCAUCGGAGAGAAUCCAGAUUCCAUCUCUCAAAUGAUUUCUGCUGUCUCCAAUGCAGAAUUGGAAAGCAAUUCUGAAGUUCUGGAGGAUACCGUGACAACAAUUUUAAAUCUUUCAAUUCAUGAGAGCAACAAGAAGAUCAUUGGAGAUGACACAAAGGCAGUCACAUUCCUCAUAAGUGCCUUACAGUCAGGAACUAUGGAGGCCCGCAGCAACGCUGCAGCUGCCAUCUUCAGUUUGUCGGCCCUUGACAGCAACAAGGCGAAGAUUGGUGAGUCCGGUGCAAUGAGGCCUCUGGUCGAUCUUCUCGAACAUGGGAGCAUGACGGCGAAGAAAGAUGCGGCAUCGGCUAUUUUCAGUCUUUGCAAGUUGCACGAGAAUAAAUCAAGAGCUACAAGGAGUGGAAUCAUUGAUGUGGUGCUGAAGUCCAUCAGCGACGAGUCGCUCAUUGACGAAGCGCUGACCAUCCUCGCUCUGCUAUCAAGCGACCAUGAGACGGUGGAGGAGAUUGGUGAGACUGGUGGGGUGCCUUGCAUGCUCCGCAUCGUGAGUGAUGAUCAAUGCAAGCGCAACAAGGAGAACGCGGUGGCGGUGCUCUUCUCCAUCUGUAUGUAUGACCGGACGAAGCUGAGGGAGGUCGUCGAGGACGAGAACCUGAAUGGCUCGCUGGCCUGGCUCGCGCAGAACGGCACCUCAAGGGCGAGGAGAAAGGCCGCUGGGAUCCUUGACAAGCUGAAGAGAACAAUCCACAAAACGCACUACUCCUGUUAGUGUGGGCGGAGGCUGCGGGUAUGUAACUAGACGAAUAAGACUGGGGAUGUUCAUUUGGUGUAUAUAUUUGAGCUGCAUAUAUGUCUACUCUUGGUUCGGUACAUAAGUUCUACAGUUUCAGAGUAAGUAGUGGAAGGUGGUGCCUUUCUCCAGAGUGAGAGCUAUUCUCCGUUCAUCUGAAUUAUUAUGCUGUCUCAGAGUGAGUGGUGCUGUCUCCGUUCCAUCUGAUCCUGAAGGCUGAAGCACAUUUUGUGCUGCUACAAAUUUUGCUCAAAUCAGAUUGAUUUUCUACCUUUUCAA